CUCAAAAGCAUAAAUGGGUUAGAUUAUGGCCCAAAAUAUACAAAUAACAUUGACACAUCUUUCAAUUCAAGCCUAUCCAAGGCCUGGGCACCGCAAUGACCCUAAAGAGGUGUUUCAUCUGUACUAAGGGUAGAGUUGUGUUGUUGAUGCAAAAUGAUUCCCGCGCACGACCCACUAUGGAUUAGAAUGAAUCGGCACGAGCCAGUAUACACGCAAUGUCCCUAUCCAAUGAAUAUACCCCUAUAAUAGCGGAAAUAGGCACACGUAAUAUCAGGAUAGGGUUUGCUGGAGACCCUUUGCCAUCAGCAACCCAGUGCACAAGUGCCAAAUAUCCCUAUCAGUUCCAUGAUGAGUAUCCCCAGUUUCUUGAUGUCGACGACUCUGCGAUGAACAAACACCAAAGAGCCAAUGUUAUAGAGCAGAUGGUGGCUGAGCAGCCUGAAAUCAAGCAAUUGAUCCAGAUUUAUGGGAGUGAACGUCAUAAAUGGAUCCAUUUGAACAGAUCACCAAGCGGAAGAACAAAUGCAACAGAAGAGGACUGGCACCUUCAGGAUUUGCUAGCAGAUAUGCUACGGGACGACUUGGUGCUCGCGCCACGAAGAUGCAAGGUCAUCUUGGUCGAUAGAGGCUUCUCGAUUGCCACGAAAUUCAGGCUCUGUGAACAGUUGUUGAACAGGUUCAAGUUCAAGUCUGUGAUAACGUGCCCGUCUGCGGUGCUUUCAGUGAUGGGCGCCAAUGAGCGGAACGGGCUAGUACUUGAUUUUGGCUGGGAGUCGCUUGGGGUUAGCCUGGUUGUGGAUUUGCGAGAUGUUUCCCAAAGAAUCGAGGAGAUUUUCACCUUGGGAGGGCUUACUUUGCACUAUAUGGUGGUAAGGGAAUUGAUCCGGUUGGACAAUCCACACGUAAACGAGCACUUGUUGGCACGGAAGGACUUGUUUGAGAUUGUGGAGGAUUUCAUCAUGAAUGGAAUGUUUGUGUUGCCAUACGGAGAGCGUAUAGACGAUCAUACGCUCGCAGAUUUCAAAAUAACAGAUGAUGUUUUCGUUCCAGGAUUACUUCGGUACAAAGUGGUUGAAGAUCUCUACUUCAAGAACGAAAGUUUGAGACAAUCAAUUACUGGCGUUCUCGAGAGCACCAACAUAGACACUAGGCCCUUAUUGCUAGACAAUGUGAUCAUAGCAGGCGGAGUAUCAGGUAUACCCGGAUUUAAAUAUAGGAUGGUCCAAGAAAUCAAAGCUUGGACUGGAGCCAAAGGCGUGGUAGGAAAACCCACCCUUGGAGCAUGGGCAGGGUGUUCGAUGUACGUAUCGUCUGUGCUUGUGAACGAAGACAAGUCGGUAUGGAAAGAGCAAGAAGUCACGAGGGAUAUCAUUAAUUCGUUGACUACGGAAAACGGGGUCAAGUUGGCUGGAUUGCCAGACUCAGUGAAUGCGAUUCAUAAGAUCGGUAGGUAAUUAUAGAUUGUUGGUCCAGGUUACCUGGGCCAGGACUAGAUAAUAAUAUAGAUGGCAGCUUCCUGUAAGAAUAGGGACUGAAAAUCUGUUCUAUCUGAGUACUUCACUCGUAGCUAUAC